ACUGCGAGUUAAUGUUUUUUUUUAUAAUCUCUUGAAGUACGAGCCAAAUAUUUCGUUCUUGCUUGCCUUUAGAUUUCAUAAAUACCAAAAGAUCAGUCGGUAUUCAAAAGUUGGUGCAUAUUCUUCGCCGUGCUUCUUUAUACUAUCCCAUCCUCAUGUCGUCAAUUCCAGGUGUCUUUGCUGCAGGCGGCGUUGCAGGAUGCGGAGCAGUCAUCGCAAGCCACCCCUUCGAAACGGUCAAAAUUCGCAUGCAACUCCAAGGUGAGCUCCGAAAGACCUCAUCUCAAACACGAAUAUACAACGGCCCCCUCCACGGCCUCAAAGUCAUCCUACGCAACGAAGGCAUCCGCGGAAUCUACAGCGGCUUCGGCGCCGGCUCAGCCUACCAACUCCUCCUCAACGGCAGCCGAAUCGGAUUCUACGAGCCCAUCCGAUCAACUCUCACUUCUCUUCUCUACGCAGAUGCGAAGAAGCAGAGUUUUGGCAUAAAUGUCUUCUCUGGUGCUCUGUCUGGAAUCAUCGGUGCUGUGCUCGGCAGUCCGUUCUUCCUGGUGAAAACGAGAAUGCAGACGUACUCUAGAGUGGCGCCGAUGGGUACGCAGUAUGUUUAUAAGAGUACUUGGGAUGCUUUGAGAAGGGUUUAUAGGGUGGAGGGAUUGAGGGGUUUGUAUCGUGGUUGUGAUGCGGCGAUUUUGAGAACGGGGGUUGGAAGUUCGGCGCAGUUGCCUUGUUAUUAUGCUGCUAAAAGGGUGUUGGUCGAGAGGAUGAAUAUGAAGGAAGGAACGGGUUUGCAUUUGGUUGGUAGUUCGAUCAGUGGGUGUGCUGUGUGCUGCUUGAUGCAUCCUGUUGACACUAUCAUGGCUCGGAUGUAUAAUCAGAACGGGACGUUGUAUCGUGGUAUUUUCGACUGUUUGACAAAGACGGUCAUGACGGAGGGUUUGUUAGCUUGUUACAAAGGAUUUCUGCCACAUCUUGCGAGGAUACUGCCGCAUACUGUCCUCACGUUGACUAUUGCUGAGCAGGCUAUUGCGGUUGUGAAGACAUUGGAAAGGAAGGAAACGGACUUUUUGUGACAGAUUUGGUGGGAAUCAGUGUGCUAUCUUGGAUAUCUGACAGACAGCAUCGCGAUCUUUCCAAGUCUAACUAGCAAAUCCUUCUAAUACCAAGUUUUG